AUGUUUGGUGGCAUACAGAUAGGAGUCUUGGCAGCUUGUGUGGUGUUAUUUGUACCAAUGGGAAUGGCAGGUUAUCAUUUAAGCAGAAACAAGAUGCUUUUUUUUAGCGGUGCCCUUUUUAUUACACUUGCGGUAGGUGUUCAUUUAACUCCUUAUUUCCCUUCUGUUUCUGAUUUUGUUACUUCAGUUCAAUCUGUUGUGGUUUUUGAUAAUCGUGAGGAUUCUUGUAUUAAUUUGGUUAAUGAAGUUAUUUGGGAUGUUAAACCUCGUAUUAUCAGUAGUGAUGGUAAUGAUAGUAGUAAUGGUAAUGGUAAUGAUUCUGUUGCUUAUGACAAGAUAUGGGAUUGGUCUGAAAAUGGGAAGGUGAAAGGUUGUGAUUUUGAGAAGUUGGGAAGAGGAGAUGUUAAAGAUUUGCUCAAUGGGUCAUGGGUUGUCGUGGCAGGGGAUUCGCAAGCUCGGUUGAUUGUACAAUCUUUGUUAAGUUUGAUUUUGGAUGAGAAAAGGAUGGGAAUGAUUAAUGGGGAUUUGUUUAAGAGGCAUAGUGAUUAUGAGAUUGUUGUGGAUGAGAUUGGUAUGAAAUUGGAUUUUGUUUGGGCUCCAUAUGUGGUUAAUUUGACAAAUUUGAUGGUGAGGUUUAAGCAAAAUAGAACUUACCCUGAUGUCUUGGUGAUGGGAGCAGGGCUGUGGCAUAUGCUUCAUGUGAACAAUGAAUCGGAUUAUGAAGUUGCGUUGGAGAAUUUGAGGAGUUCGGUGGUUUCCUUGUUACCAUUUUCGCCGGAAUUGGGUACAGAUGGGCCUGUGACGGGUUCUGUAUCUGUUAGAUCUCCACAUUUGUUUUGGCUUGGGAUGCCAAUGUUGAUAAAUGGGAUGUUGAAUACAGAGGAGAAGAGGGAGAAGAUGAAUGAUGAGAUGUGGCAUGCUUAUUAUAGAGCAAUGCGCAAUAGUAGGCUCUUGCGCAGAUAUGGUGGUCCUCUUCUGUUGUUGGAUAUUCAAUCAUUGAGUUGGAAUUGUGGACCAAGGUGUACAAUUGAUGGGAUGCAUUAUGAUGGAGCUGUUUAUGAAGCUGCUGUUCAUAUUCUGCUUAAUGCAUUGCUUAUUGAAUCUCAUCAGAAGCUUGGAUCCACGUAG